AUGGAAGAAGACUUUCUUACAUUUUUAGAAAAUUGUUCUGGAUCUGCCUUUAACGCUGUUGAACAUAUUAAACAACUCUUCUUAGAUAAUAAUUUCCAAUUAUUAAAAGAAAAUAAUUUAUGGACUUUAGAAAAAGGAAAAAAGUAUUUUAUUAUUAGAGACGACGCAACUGUCUUUGCUUUCGCAAUUGGAGGGAAAUACGAAAUUGGAAAUGGGUUUACUAUUGCUGGUGCACAUUUAGAUAGUCCAUCAUUAAAAUUAAAACCAAAUCCUUUCAAAGAAUCAGAAGAGUUAAAUUUAAUUUCAUGUGAAACUUAUGGUGGAGGAGUAUGGACUACUUGGUUUGAUCGUGAUUUAGGAAUUUGUGGAAGGGUUGUUGUAGAAGAAGAAGGGCAAUUUAAAAGUAUUCCUAUUGCUAUUAAAGAACCUUUGUAUAGAAUUGCUACAUGUGCACCACAUUUAGAUAAAAGAUAUCCAAAAGGAUUUAUUAUUGAUAAAGAAACAGAGUUACCUGCUAUUGGAUUAAGUGAGAAAGAAUUACUAGAAUUAAUUCAAGAACGAAUUGGAAAUAAAUCAAUUGUAACAUAUGACUUAUAUCUUUGUGAUGUACAAAAACCAAGUUUAUUAGGAAUGAAUAAAGAAUUUGUUGUUGGACAAGGCCUUGAUAAUUUGAUUUGUUCAUAUGGAGCAAUUUAUGGAAUGAUUAGAUCAAGUAAAGAUGGGUUAUUAGAAGAAAAUUGUAAUAUUCUUAUGAGUUGUAUUUAUGAUGAUGAAGAAAUAGGUUCAACAAAUAGAAGAGGAGCAAAUUCAGUGAUGUUACCAAAUAUAAUGAAACGUAUAGUUUAUUGUUUUAACGAUGGAAAAGGAAUAGAAGAAAGAAUUCAAAUCGGAGAAAGUAAAUCUAUUGUUUUAAGUACUGAUGUUGGUCAUGCAACGCAUCCAAAUUAUCCAGAUAGAACUGAUGAUAAACAUCCAGUUUAUAUGAAUCAUGGAUUAGUUAUUGAAACUAAUUGUAAUCAACAAUUACUUGGUGAUUCUAAUGUUUUUGCAAUUAUAUCAAAAUUAGGAAAAGAAGUUGGAGUAGAAUUUCAAAGAACUGUUAAACGACAAGAAAAAGGAGGAGGAGGAAGUACUAUUGGUCCAAAAAUUGCAUCACAUACAGGUUUAAAUGUUAUUGAUUUUGGAAUUCCAUUAUUAUCCAUGCAUUCAAUAAGAGAAAUUGGAGGUAUUUCUGAUGUUGAUUCUAUGACUAGACUUGUUGCUGAAGUAAUGAAAUCUUUUUGGAAGUAUCAAAAUUCUUUAAAUUAA